UGUCUUCGAGCCAAAUCGCGCCGAUUUUCGACCCAUGACUGAUGAGAAAGGUGUCUACGUGCGACACAUUGAGCAAUCCAUAGACGUAAACAUUCGUACGCAUCCCAUCAAUCAACUAAAGCGCAACUACGGUGCUCAAACGAAACCCAUUCAGAUAUCUGUGAACCAUCCGUUUCUGUUUUUCAUCAUCGAUCGAGAGCUGGACGUGGCGGUGAUGGCGGGCCGCAUACUGAAUCCAUUGAAUGUGCGCAUCCAAUGAUGCAAGACGAAGGUCGCGAGUAACGAAAGUGAAGUUGGGUCAUUGUUCCCUUGUUUCCUGGUGCCUACUAAUCUGCAAGAAAA